AUGUUUCACACUGAUAAAAAUAAGAUUGCUGGCCGCCUGUUCGAAGCCAAUCAAUAUUUAGAGCCAACAGCGAAUCAGAAUUGCUAUUACCCGAAUAAUUCACCACAUAAAGAACUGAGAGGAAAGUACCCACGAAAAUAUCAAAUUGAUCCAUCAUGGAGUAAAACAGCACCAAAUCCAUCUGAUCCUCCAUUGUCACCUGAUGGUAUUCAACAAGCAAAGGAACUUGGAACAUACAUUGCUUCGCUUCAACCACGUAUAACUCAUAUUUAUGCUUCACCAUUUGUACGCACGAUUCAAACGGCAUUGGAAGUCGUUAAACUAGUCAAUAAAGACUAUUCAACACCGGAUCAAAUCGUCAAAGUUCUCAUCGAGCCGGGAUUUGCUGAGUUUUACGUAAGUAAUCCCGAAUGGACGGAAGCGAACAUCUUUCGAACUUUAGAUCAAUUAUCCGAGAUUGUUCCGAAUAGGGAUUAUUUCAAUGAAGAUUAUCGUAGUGUAUUCGAUGCGAAGUAUUAUCUUGAUUUAAAAAUCGAAUCUCGUGAACGCUUACGUGAUCGAUUAAAACGAGUUUUACAGAAAAUAUUAGACGCUCAUAAAGAUGACUGCAAUAUUUUGAUUGUUACGCAUGCAGCUGCAUUGAUUGAAGGUGUACGAGCAUUUAUUACACUUAGUAAAGAAGAACAAAUGAAGAUUACGGCAACAGACGAGAACACCAAAGCGUUGACUUGGGAUAUGACUUCAGUUCGACCUGGUGUGUGCAGUUUAACACAUUUUGAAUUCCUAGAUGAUAAAUGGAAUUUGAAAACUAGUGGACUUACUUCGUAUUUGUCCAAAGGUGAACAACGCGUAUGGGUCUUUCCUGAUGAUGAAACAAUCGAUACACAACGGAAAUAG